UUCAAGUAAAUCGCGAGCCACCAUAAGCCAUAAACGUGAAAAUCAACAAAAAAAUAUUAAGAUGUGGUCGUAGGCCAAAUAUUACAAAGAGUGACUUAUUUAUUACUAGUAAUUGUAGUGUGGAGAAUGGCCCCUUGAUCCGUAAAGCGGAACGUCUGUGAUAACGCAAAGCUUCAAUAAAGUACAAAUGGGCGAUCCGUACCCCUACAAUUACUCCAACUACCAGCAGUAUUCUUUCCCCUCCAAUUACAACCCGAACUACGCUUCGUAUGACUCAAACUACGCCUCGUACAACUACAACUCCCACUACCCCCCCUACGACCCCAAUUAUGCCAGUUACAACUACAACUACUCUUCAGCUGAGCAGUGGAGUCAGUGGAACGGCUCGUACCCCAUGAUGCCCCCAUACCCACCCCCAGCCGACUUCAGCGUCCCUCCGCCCCCAAUCAGCUACCCUUCACAUUCGCAAAACCCACAAUACAAUAAAACUAGUCCCAAAGCCAACGACUACCAGAAAGAACUAGAAAAUUACAAACAAACCAAAGUCAACAAUGAGAAACCCACACGGAAAUCGCGCUCGAGUUCGCCCCGGAAACGGUCAAGGUCGAAGUCGCGCUCGCAAAGUCCGUAUCCGUACAAGAGACACAGCAGGAGCAAAAGCAAGUCGAGUAGAUUUUCACCGCGGAGCGAUAGAUUGAAAAAACCGACGAAAGAACGCCAGAUGAUUUUGUCCAAGUGGCGGAAAAAUUACUGCGCGUCGAGGGAGGAGGUGAAUAACCGGAUUCAGGAGUUGGCGAAGAUGGAUCAAGAGGAGGCGCUCGAAAAGGAAAAGAGUAUUUGGACACGGUCAACUCCUUCUGAUUUAUACUACAUUAAAGACGACACCAAUUCAAAGGUGACAAGAGGCACGCCAAAGCUGCACCAAGUGUGUAGAAAAUUUGAGGACAUGUUGGUACAGAGGGCACAUAAAGUGAAUAAUUCGAAGCCGAGGUAUGUGCCUCCACCACGAAAAAAUAGGGCAAGGUUGUGUAAGCACAAAUCUGAAGAAUCAACUUCCGGCAGUUCUGAUGAACAGCUGACUGAUGAAGAGGAUUGCACCAUGGAGGAAUUGCAAAGAAAGCAGCAACAUCCAGAUAGGCUUCAUCCAGAAAUGUGGUAUAAUGAUCCAGGGGAAAUGAAUGAUGGCCCGUUGUGUAGAUGUUCAGUUAAGUCUAGGAAAUCGGGGAUUAGGCACGGGAUUUACCCUGGAGAAAAGCAGCUUCUAAAAUGUCUGCCGGAUAGCAAUAAUGCCGAUAAGUUAUACCAUUAUAGGAUAACCAUUUCUCCUCCGACGAACUUUUUGAUUAAAGCCCCCACGAUUAUACACUACGACGAACACGAAUUUAUUUUUGAGGGUUUUUCAAUGUUUUCGCAUUUUCCCUUAGUUCAAUUACCUCCAUGCAAGGUCAUUAGAUUUAAUAUCGAAUAUACCAUUCUUUAUAUUGAAGAGAAAAUUCCAGAUAACUUUACAGUUAAGGAAUUAGACUUAUUUUACGAGUACUUAUUUAAAGAGGUUUUGGAGUUAGUAGAUUUAGAUUUUAAGGCCGCUGGUGACUCUGAGGGGUGCUCUCAGUUCCACUUUAUGCCUCGCUUUGCGCGCGGACUGCCUGAUAACGGAAAAGAAAUUCUUGCGAUGAAAGAAGUACUGCAGUACCUUCUGGAAAGUUCGUUUCCGUUGAUUGAGAAGGAGUACUUAGGGGACAUGAUUAAGAUGAGUCAGUAUGACUGGCAAAGUUACGCGGACGAGAUUAAGGGGAUGGUGGUCACCUAUCCGGGCAAAAAACCGUGUUCAGUUCGAGUGGAUCAACUCGACCGUAAUAUCGAUCUUCAGAAGGCCGGUUAUUACAAGUUUCCCGAAAUAGUACAUUUUGGAAUACGGCCACCGCAACUUAGUUACGCAGGAAACCCUGAUUACCAAAAGGCCUGGCGCGACUACGUGAAAUUCCGCCACCUCUUGGCCAACAUGUCGAAACCCACGUUCGAGGACAAGCGCAAACUCGAAGCCAAAGAGAACAAGCUCCAGGAGAUGCGCACCCAGGGCAAAAUGAAGCGCGACAUCACCGUAGCGGUGUCCGCCGAGGGCUUCUACCGCACCGGUAUCAUGUGCGACGUCAUCCAGCACGCCAUGCUUGUCCCCGUCCUCGUCUGCCACCUGCGCUUCCACCACUCGCUCAACGUCCUCGAGGAGUCCAUCAACUAUAAGUUCAAGAACCGCGCGCUGCUGCAGCUAGCGCUCACCCACCCCUCGUACAGGGAAAAUUUUGGAACCAAUCCGGACCACGCCAGGAACUCGCUCACGAACUGCGGGAUCAGGCAGCCGGAGUACGGGGACAGGCGCAUACACUACAUGAACACUCGGAAGCGAGGCAUCAACACGCUGAUCAACAUCAUGUCGCGGUUCGGUAAGCAGCAGGAGACGGAGUCGAACAUCACUCACAACGAGCGCUUGGAGUUCCUUGGGGACGCGGUAGUGGAGUUCCUUUCGUCGAUUCAUUUGUUUUACACGUUCCCGGAUUUGGAGGAGGGCGGUUUGGCCACGUACCGGGCGGCGAUCGUGCAGAACCAGCACCUGGCGGUGCUGGCGAAGACGCUGAAGUUGGACCAGUUCAUGCUGUACGCGCACGGAUCCGACCUCUGCCACGAUUUAGAGUUGAGACACGCCAUGGCCAACUGUUUCGAGGCGCUGAUGGGGGCGCUGUUCCUCGACGGCGGAAUCAGUAUCGUUGACCGCGUUUUCUCCGAAACUUUGUUCAAAGAAAAUGCAAAUUUGCUUGAGGUGUGGAUGAAGCUGCCGCCGCAUCCUCUGCAGGAGCAGGAGCCGACGGGCGACAGGGAGUGGAUACCGAAGUUCGAGCUGUUGCAGAAUCUUACGAAGUUCGAGGAUUCGAUAGGGGUGAAGUUUAACCAUAUAAGGCUUUUAGCUAGGGCGUUUACGGAUAGGAGUGUCGGAUAUACGAAUCUGACGCUGGGGUCGAAUCAGAGGUUGGAGUUUUUGGGGGAUACGGUGUUGCAGCUUAUUGCGUCCGAGUAUCUGUACAAGUACUUCCCCGAGCAUCACGAAGGACAUCUAUCGCUAUUGCGAAGUUCCCUCGUCAACAAUCGCACCCAAGCCGUCGUCUGCGACGACCUAGGAAUGGCAAACUACGCCGUCUACAACAACCCAAAAGCCGAACUGAAAACCAAAGACCGUGCCGAUCUCCUCGAGGCCUUCAUCGGCGCCCUCUACGUCGACCAAGGCCUCGAAUUCUGCGAGGUCUUCUGCCAGGUCACCCUCUUCCCUCGCCUCCAAGACUUCAUAAUGAACCAAGACUGGAACGACCCGAAAUCCAAGCUCCAGCAAUGCUGCUUAACCUUACGAAGCAUGGACGGCGGGGAACCCGACAUCCCGGUUUACAAGGUGAUCGAGUGCAAAGGACCCACCAACACCCGCGUCUACACCGUGGCCGUGUAUUUUCGGGGGCGGCGAUUGGCCAGUUCCAUGGGCCAUAGCAUCCAGCAGGCCGAGAUGAACGCGGCCAAGCGCGCUUUAGAGAUAUCGCACGAUUUGUUCCCGCAGUUGGACCACCAGAAGCGAGUGAUCGCGAAGAGCAUGAAGAAGCAGAAGCAUAAGAAGCAGUCGGGGAAGGGAAGGUCGCAAGUGUUGACGGAGCCGAAGUCGCCCGAGAGCUACUCGAGGACGAGGUUUAGGCGGUCGGAGUCGAAGAGCAAGUCGAGGUCGAAGUCGAAGUCGUCGAGCGAUAGUGUUAGCGAGUUGAGUUGUAAGGGUAGUGAAGGGAGGGGUUCGAAGAUCCAUAUAAUUUCGGUGGAUAAUAUUAGUUUGCCAAGUUUUGGGAAAAGUAGCGAGAGUAGUUGUAGUAGCAAAAGUGAUAUAAGUUAUGAGUCUGCGCACUUUGAUAGAACCGGAUCACCGGGUUCUAGCAAGCGGUAUAAGGGGAGUGCUAGGAGAAGUAGCACUUGUGGCUUGUCGUUUCUUGAUGGAAAUUUACCAAGUUGUAGUAAAAGUAGCGUUUCGAGUACUCGGAAAAGCGACUUAACUUAUAUCCUGACUGAUGAUUCAAGUGGUGAUAAUUGAAUUAAUAAGGGUUUUAUAACUUUUAUGUAUCAGUUGUUUUUGUUGCUGGAGUAGUUUACUUUUUGUCUCUAAGGUGCUAAUUUACAAUGUCACAUUUACUGUUCUUUAUUAGGUUAUUAUUGUUAUUUAGGAAUCAAUUCAUUUCACUGUUACAAAGCGAGUGAUAGUUUGAAGCUUAUCGUUUCAGUGCAACAAUAAUAGCAACUAUAUCAUGUAAUGAAUUAAUUACACUUGGAUGUUUUUAUGUGAACAUUAUAUAAUAAAUAAUGACCGCCUUA